UAUUUGGAAAGAGUUCAAGAUUCCCUCACACGUUCACCAAAGUUAUUCUGGUCCUACCAUAAACAUAUUCUCCGCAGUAGGAAUGCUCCAUCAUCCAACACCUAUAACAACGUAACUGCAUCAACGCCGAACAAAAAGGCUGAACUUUUUAAUGAAUACUUCGCCUCUGUUUUCCUUCCAAAGUCCACAAUAAAGAACAUUAACCAGGACUGUAUGAAUCCAAAAACGUGUGAGAAAAUAUCUAGCAUUGAAAUUUCGGAAUGCGAAGUAGAGCGUUACCUUAACAACUUGGACACAUCAAAAGCUUAUGGUCCUGAUGGAAUACCACCACGUCUACUUAAAGAAUGCUCUAAGGAGAUAUCAUCAAGCCUCUGCAGUUUGUUCAACACAUCAAUAGAAACAGGUCGCGUUCCAAGAGAGUGGAAGAAAGCAAAUGUGAUACCAAUUCACAAGAAGGACUGUGUCUAA